AUGGCUCACUCGGCUCCCCCCUACGGCCGGAGUGGGAUGGCGGCUGGAGGGGACCAGCCCCACCCCCUCAACGGGUGGGGCGGCGGCCAGCCAGGGGGGUCCCACACCGCCACGCGCUACAUGCAGAAGAAGAAGCAGCGGCGGCGGCGGCGGCACGGGUCCUCCUCGCCCAUGGGGCGGGUCAUACUCAUCCACACCCCGGUGGACGGUGGGGAAGACAGUGAGGACAUCCACACAGUGACGGUGGAUAAGAGUCCAGAUGGCCGUCUGGGCUUCAGCGUCCGUGGGGGGUCCGAACACGGGCUGGGGAUAUUCGUCAGCAAAGUGGAGGACGACAGCUCUGCAGGUCAGGCUGGGCUGUGUGUGGGGGACAAGCUGGUGGAGGUGAACGGGGUGAGCCUGGAGAGCAUCACCAUGAGCAGUGCUGUGAAGGUGCUGACCGGGAACCACAGGCUGAGGACGGUGGUCCGCAGGGUGGGCAAGGUGCCCGGCAUCCGCUACUCCAAGGAGAAGACCACCUGGGUGGACCUGAUCCACAGGAGAAUGGUGGUGGAGGAGAGUGGGCGCACGCCCUCCGAUACCAGCUCCAACUGCUCUGCGCUGCGCAGGAUCAUCCACCUGUACACCACCUCUGACGACUACUGCCUGGGCUUCAACAUCAGAGGGGGCAAGGAGUUCGGCCUGGGCAUCUACGUGUCAAAACUGGACCCCGGGGGCCUGGCCGAGCUGCAUGGCAUCAAGAUGGGUGACCAGAUCCUCGCAGCCAAUGGGGUGAGCUUUGAAGACAUCACCCAUAGCAACGCGGUGGAGGUGUUGAAGAGCCACACCCAUGUGAUGCUGACCAUCAGGGAGGCUGGAAGGUACCCAGCCUACAAAGAGAUGGUGGCCGAAUACAGUUGGCUGAACAAAUUGUCCAACGGGGUCCCGGCGCCCUCCUCCCAGGGGUCCGACUCCUUCUCCUCGGCCUCUUCCCUGUCGUCGGGCACCCCGGUCAGCUCCCUCAGCGGCCUCUCCCAGGUCCUCUUCCCGCCGCCGUUCGGCUCCGACAUGGUGGACGUGGCCAUCUCCAUGGAGGACCGCCCCCGGACCCCCCGGACCCCCCGCACCACCGAGUCCUCCAUGCAGACCGACCCGCAGGCCCCGCCCCCCCACAGCCGGCCGCCCUCCCCCUACGGCUCACAGCCGGGGGGCGGGUGGGUCGCCACGGAGACCAGCCGCACGGUGGGGGCCACGGUGCUGCUGAGGGACACGCUGGUCCACGGGAAGGGGGAGAGGCCCCGGGACGGGAGCGUGGGCCCCCCGCCGGGGCGAGGGGACGGGGGCAGACGGGCGAGGUCCAGGACGCUGUCUUCAGGGGAGCAGGAAGGGGAGAUGGAAAGUACUAGUUCAGCCAAGACGGCGGUGCUGAUGGCGCUGAGCCGGCCGCGGAAGCCAAUCAGCCGCUCCCAGAGUCACGUCACGGAGAAGGAGGACAAGCAGAAGAAGAAGUCUCGGCAGAAGGACAAGAGCACCCCAGGAGGCGGGUCCACACUGCAGCGCUCCAAGACCUUCGUCAACCUGCUGUUCAAACGAGACCGCAAGGAGAAGAACCGCUCUAAGUCGCCCUCGCGCCCCACCGACAGAGAGAAAAGCAGGGGCCGGCCCUUCCAGCUGCUGACCUCCCCCAGGGAGAGCCGUGCGGGGGUGAAGGAGGGCAGCAGCCCCCAGGUUCAGGCCGACACCCUGGGCCAGGUGCAGGCCAUGGCCCACAGGCUGCUGGCCCCCGACGAGGUCACCGCCGUACUCAGACACUGUCGCAGGUUUCUGUCCGACAAUGUGAUUGAGGAGCUUGUGCGUCCCCUGCUGGCCAUACUGGACAGGCCAGAGAAACUGCUGCUGCUCAGGGAGAUAAGGAUGCUGAUCCCGGCCAAUGAGAGAGGCCAGUUCGACAGCAUGGUCAUGCCCUUUGAGCUGGAAGCUUAUGAGAUCCUCAAGAGUCGCUCUGUGCGUUCCCCAGCGCUGCGCUCGCCCCGCGGGGGGACCCCACGACGACACCUCAUCACCCCCGUCCCAGACUACCGGGGGGGCUUCCACCUGCAGCCGGCUCAGGGCGGCGGGCGGGACCGCCGGCUGGUGGAGGACCUGGAGCGGCUGCGCGAGGCAGGCCUCGGCGCCGGCCUGCUGCCCCCCUCCCGGGCCUUCACCCCCCUGCUCGACGUCCCCCUGGACGGCUACGGCCCCCCCGGCGCCCGCUCCCGCACCCCCUCCCCCAACCUCAGCCCGCGGCGCAGCGACCCCCCCGCCGCCACGCCGGAGCGGGGCAGGUCGCCCGUGAGGAACGGGGGAGGGGGGCACCGCGGGCGGGGCCGGCGGGAGGCCAGCCCGGAGAGCCUGGCGGGGGGGAGGCGGGGGAGGUGGGGGCCAGCGGGGGCGGACGAAGAGGAGGAGGCGGAGGGGGCGUACACGGAGGUCAGCAUGAGGGUGCCUAGAAGAGACCCCGUGGUCGGACUGGAGAACGGACAGCGGGUCGUCGGGGAGACGCAGAACGGACACACGGGCAGGAGGAGCCCGAAGCGGUUGUCGGAGGAGUACGACGUUACCACGGUGACCAUCUCUAAGAUCAGACCGUCUUUGGGCAUCAGCAUCUCUGGAGGCAUCGAGUCCAGAGUGCAGCCCGUGGUGAAGAUCGAGAAGAUCUUCCCCGGGGGCGCGGCCUCCACCAGCGAGUUCCUGAAGGCUGGGUACGAGCUGGUGUCAGUAGACGGCGAGUCGCUGCAGCGCGUCACUCACCAGCACGCCGUGGACGCCAUCCGCCGCGCCUUCGGCCACCACGGAAGGAACGCCAUGGUGUUUGUCGUCAAGGUCCCCAGGAACAAGACUCUGCCCGGCGGGGGGGCCCGGGGCCCUGCAGACUGAACCCUCCACGGGGAGAGGGCCGGCCCUGCCAGCCUCGCAGCAGAACCGCAGGUCGGGUGUGAAGGACAGCCCGGUGCCUCACGCCUGAAGCAGAACCAUGAUCUCAUACUUUAAAUACCCUGCUACCCAUCGGAGCGGAACCGUCUGAUCCCCCUCCGGUCGAGAGGUGGCGGCAAGAGAGGAGAUCCAAUCACAGCGGAGGAAAGCGGAACGGUCGUCAUGGAUGCAAGGAUAUGAUGUGUGUCUCUAUAAGGGAGUGGACCUGUAAGAUAGUGAGGAGCAGAAAACGUUUAGCAGAGAACAUGUGGCCCUCAGAUCAUAUCUGGUAUGAGACAAUAUCAGUAUAUACUAUCAUGUUGUUGUGCUAUACAAAUGUAUUUAUAUCCCUUUUGUACGAUUUGUUUAUUUUGUACCCAGUAUAAAAAA